CUGCCUGACUCUGACCACCGUCCCCUGGACCCCACAGACCCUCCUUUCCCUCCGCUCCCGACCACUUCCCCUUGGACCCACUGCCGGUCAUCGAUCAGAAACCACCGUGCAGGACACCCGAAGGGAAAUUUUGUCUUCGUUACAAUCAGCGCCAACGUACUUCCGUUCCGAGAUCGGGCAGAUAAGAGACGCCGUGAGAGCGAGUUAAAUGAUCGCUUCCACCAUUCGGCUGAAGUUGCGGUGUGGGGUCCGCAAGCUGCAGGAAGCCAAAGUCACUCCCCACAGAUUAAAACAAUGAGCAUCCGUGAAUCAGAGGGUUGUUGAGGCUGGAAUCUCGCCCGCUCCCGGGACCCGAGACUGGAUGACAUCGCUGUGGAUAACUCCGCACAGACAGCGGCUGAACAUUCGCUCCGUGAACUCAACAUCUCUCAACAGUUUAACACAGGCCGCUGCACCAUGCACUUUGCAGAGGCUCCUGGAGUGUGCGGUCUCUGCCUUUUCACUUACCUCUCCGCUGUUACCGCCGCUCUCACACUGAAAGUGCAUCAGGACAGAGUGAAUGGAACCGUCGGCCAGUCCGUGCUCCUGCCCGUCUCUUACACAGUCCCGGACCCACACGGGUAUCUGCGGAUCACAUGGACCAGAGGCGGGAACGCGAGUGUAUGUGUAGAAUAUACCUGCUUCUCGGGGCAAGAAUGUCACCUCAAUGACGGUAGAACGCACAUCACUGUCUCUGAACCGUAUAAACACCGGGCGCUGCUUUUCCCGGAGAACGCUUCACUGUUACUGACAGACCUGCAGAUCAACGACAGUGGGAUUUAUGAAUUAUCCAUCAGCCACUCUACGGGGACGGAGAAGGGAAACUUAACGUUAGAGGUCCGAUCUGCCACUGAAAUCGCAAUCGACAGUCGGAGUGGGACCAACGCUGGGAUUACAGCGGCUACAGACAGGCUCCCAGUGAUAAAGAAUGAAGUCAUUAUACCACCCGUUGUACUCGCUGCUGCUGUCAUCAUCUUGUGCCUCGUUGUGAAAACACGAAGAGUUUGUAAAGGAUCUCGGCAAAAAAAGGAAGAGCAAGCCACUACACAGGAUCAUUGGGAACCGCAGGAGGGAGGUGCUGCGUACUACACUGAAGUCGGUUGGACUCCACAGGCCAAUGCAAAAAGGGAAAUGCACCCAACCACAGAAAUGGAUGUGUAUUCUUCAGUGCAGGAAAGUUCAUCAGCGAACUGCCUGGCUGUGUUGAAUACAGAGAGGAUGUCACGGGGCAUUACUGGAACUGGCGGCAAGAAGGUGGAAAAUCCUGAAGAGAAUGUGGAAUAUGAUAAGAUUUGGUUUGGGAAAUAAGCACAAGAUGUUGAUUUCCCUAUUUCUGUUGGACCGUGUUUCGGUAAGAAAACUGAUGAAUUGCAGUUGUUACUGUAGUGAAGAAACAAAGCAAUACCAUUGUUGUUCACCAUAGUGGAACCACUGCUGCUUGUGACUUUAACAGCUCCAUGUGUGGAUGUUUGAAUUAAUCCAAUAUGAUACAUUUAAACAUACGGAAAUAAAGCUGUCAUUGAAGCACAUCCCUGUGAAUAAUAUUAUGCCUAAGUGAUUUAUCUAUUAAAGAUUAACAAUCUCAAAGAUGAGCUUUAUUUGUCAAGUGUCAAAACAUACAGUGCAUUGUGAUGUUUAUCUUUUUGUGUUAGAGGUGCUGGGGGCAGCCUACAAGUUCUGGCACCAACAAAGCAUGCCUACAGCAUGCCUCACUAACGCCAACCCGUACGUCUUUGGAAUGCGAGAGGAAACCGGAGCACUUGGAGGAAACCUACAGGGUGUUGACAGACAGUAGCAGAAAUCAUUAGUGAUUCCUGAUAUUGUAAAGCUACCAUCACGUUACAGUGCCUUUUAAAAAUAUUUCUAUUACAGAUGAUCAUCUAAAUGAUGUCUAAUCAAUGAUACGUCAAAAUGAUGUCUUUGAUUAUGUCUAUUAAAUGCUAUUUCUAAACAUACAAUUGAAGUACUGUUGUUACU